AUGAGACUGACAAGAGGCCUCAACGUCAGGCGUUGGUACGCAGACAACCUCAUUGAAUUCAAAGAAUCGCCGCAGAAAGGCCUGGGAGUGUUCGCAAAAACAAACAUACCCCGUGGUACCCGUGUCAUCGCAGAAACCGCCUUGCUCGAAGUCAAUAUCGAAACCGUAAUGAACAUCGUGCCAGCCUUCGAACGUCUCCCACCUUCCCAGCAAGAAUCCUACCUGGAGCUCCACGGAUACGCAGGUGAUUUAUUCAAGAGCAUCGUUGAGCUUGAGACAGGAAAGAGUUGGCAGGACCUCCCGGAACUGCACCGCAAAGUGCUCGCCAUCUACGCAGCCAACACCUUUGGCUCUGUUUACUUUCUCGGCUCAAGGCUCAACCAUUCGUGCAUUCCAAACGUCAACUUCGUGUACAAUCCACUCCUCAAACAAGAGACGUUUCAUGUCAUACGCGACAUCGUGGCAGGCGAGGAGCUUACAGUCAUGUACAUCAAUGGAACCAAGCGUACCCGAAGACAACGCCAGCAAGAGCUGAGCAGAUGGGGAUUCCAGUGCACCUGCCCGGCAUGCGAGGAUACUGUUCAAGGCAGACAGAAAGAAGAGAAACGGGUUGCGUUGUUUGCCCUAAGUGAAGAACUCGCUGCAAAUGCAGCCAGUCGUACGGAUGAAUCUUACAGAACACGGCUAUUGAUAAGAGAGCGAAUGGUAGCCAUACAAAAGUCUGAGGGUUUGGUGAAUCGAGAGCUGAGAUUUGGUUACUACGAAGCGGCUAAAUGCUGUCUAAAAUUGAACGAGCACAAGAUGCUACUUUCGUGGACUGAGAAGAUGUUGGAGGUUGACCGUUACUGCAUCGGGGAAGACCAUCCCGAGUACAAGCAACUGCAGCUCAUCGCAGGCUCUAUGAAAAAGGCGAUAGACGCCUCGCAGCCAAUUCCUGAGAACGCUAUGGAGUACUUCAAGGAAAGACAGGCGGAAGAAUGUGUCAUUAUGUGA